AGGAGAAUUGAAUAAGCAGUGGGAGUAAGCCCUCACCGUUAAGACUUGAAGGAGCCAAUAUUGUCUCAGCUUCAGAUCAGUCUUCCUCCUCCUCCUCGUCUGCAAAAUCUAGGGUUCCCUUCCAGCCAAGAAUCGGGCGAAAAUGGUGAGGGCAAUGCUGAAGAGGCUCGUCUCUCACUCUCUUUCCAUUGCCGGCAGGUCUCAGCACAAUCAGCUCCGCCGCCUCAACAUCCACGAGUACCAGGGAGCUGGGUUGAUGGGCAAAUACGGCAUUAAUGUCCCAAAGGGUGUUGCUGUUUCAUCGGUGGAGGAAAUUAAGAAAGCUAUCCAGGAUGUAUUUCCCAACGAGAAGGAGUUGGUCGUAAAAAGCCAAAUUCUUGCGGGUGGAAGAGGUUUGGGAACCUUCAAGAGUGGACUCAAAGGUGGAGUCCAUAUUGUCAAGGUUGAGGAGGUUGAACAGAUAGCCGGUAAGAUGCUUGGACAGAUCCUUGUGACCAAACAAACAGGUCCCCAGGGAAAAGUUGUGAGCAAGGUUUACUUGUGUGAGAAACUGUCCCUUACCAAUGAGAUGUACUUUGCCAUCACUCUGGAUCGCAAAACUGCUGGCCCACUUAUUAUUGCCUGCAGCAAGGGAGGAACUAGCAUUGAAGAUCUUGCUGAGAAAUUUCCUGACAUGAUAAUCAAGGUCCCUAUUGAUGUCUUCGAAGGGAUCACUGAUGAGGAUGCUGCGAAGGUUGUGGAUGGGUUAGGAUUAAAAGCUGCAGACAGAAACUCUUCCAUUGAACAAGUGAAGAAGUUAUAUGAGCUCUUCUGCAAGUGUGAUUGCACAUUAUUAGAGGUUAACCCCAUUGCAGAGACAUCUGAUAACAAGUUAGUUGCUGCUGAUGCAAAAUUGAACUUCGAUGACAAUGCUGCAUACCGUCAGAAAGAAAUAUUUGCUCUCCGCGAUCCUACCCAAGAAGAUCCUCGAGAGGUUGCCGCAGCAAAGGCAGAUCUCAACUAUAUCGGUUUGGAUGGAGAGAUAGGUUGCAUGGUGAAUGGUGCAGGACUGGCUAUGGCUACAAUGGAUAUCAUUAAGUUGCAUGGAGGAACUCCUGCAAACUUCCUUGACGUUGGUGGAAAUGCUUCAGAAAGCCAGGUGGUGGAAGCAUUUAACAUACUGACAUCUGAUGACAAGGUCAAAGCAAUUUUAGUCAACAUAUUUGGGGGGAUUAUGAGGUGUGAUGUGAUUGCAAGUGGCAUUGUUAAUGCCGCCAAACAGGUUUCUCUGAAGGUGCCUGUGGUGGUUCGUCUCGAAGGCACCAAUGUUGAUCAAGGGAAGAGAAUACUAAAAGAGAGUGGAAUGACUCUAAUCACCGCAGAAGACCUAGACGAUGCAGCCGAGAAAGCCGUGAAGGCCUCAGCAAGUUGAGUCAGACUCCAGUGACAAUAUUUCCCUCAUUUCAAUUUUUGGGGCAGGAGGAAUCUGCCUUUCUAGUUUGGUGGUUGAGUAUACAUGAUUUUGUGCACACUGGCGGAGCCAUUAUUUUCUCUUGUGAAAGGAAAUUCCCUGAGAUUCUUCUUCCUUAAUAAGAAGGAAAUUUUAUGUUACGAUAAGAUUGCUGUUUGAAUUA